GCUAGACACCGCCCUGGCCCCAAGCACCGGGCACCAAGGUUCUGUGUCUCCGUCGCCACGCAGAGCCGACCUCUGGCGCGAUGGUGGCCGUCUGGCUGGUGCCCGUCGGGCAGAAGCUGCUGCUCUGGGGCGCGCUCAGCGCCGUCUCCCUGGCGGGCGCCACCCUCAUCCUGAGCUUCCUGCAGAUGAUGGCGAGCUACUCGCAUAAGUGGCUGCAAAUGAGGCGCAUCCCCAUAGUACCGGGUGCCUACCCCUUGGUGGGACACUCGCUGGUCCUGAAACGAGGAGGGAAAGAGUUUUUCCAGCAGCUGAUGAAUUACACUGAAGAGAACAGACAUGUACCAAUGAUAACACUCUGGCUUGGCACAGUACCAGUAAUACUCAUGUAUAAAGCCGAAACUAUAGAGGUAAUUUUAACUAGCUCAAAACAAAUUGACAAGUCUCAUCUAUACAGGUUCUUAAAACCAUGGCUUGGCCUAGGACUUCUUACCAGCUGCUUUUUUUACAUCACUCUUUGUGCCUUAGAUAUAAUCUGUGAGACAGCUAUGGGCAAGAAUAUUGAUGCUCAGACUAAUGAUGAUUCUGAGUAUGUUCGUGCAGUUUAUAGGAUGAGUGAUUUGCUGCAUCGAAGAAUGAGGACGUUUUGGCUCUGGCAUGAUGUUUUGUACCUUUUGUUUAAAGAUGGAAGGGACCACAAAAGGAAACUAAAUAUCUUACAUAAUUUUACCAACAAUGUCAUCAAUGAACGGGCCAAUGAAGUGAAGAGAGAUCAAGAACAUAAAAGUGAUGACAAGGGCACAACCCUCUCCAAGAGAAAACGAAAGGCUUUUCUUGACCUGCUUUUAAAUGUGAUGGAUGAUGAAGGGAACAAGCUAAGCCAUGAGGCUAUUCGAGAAGAAGUGGACACUUUCAUGUUUGAGGGCCAUGAUACAACUGCAGCUGGAAUGAACUGGGCCUUGUACCUUCUGGGUUGCUAUCCAGAAGUCCAGAAAAAAUUGGACAAUGAAUUGGAUGAAGUGUUUGUGCAAAGUGGGGAAGGAAUAAUAAAGGAAAAGAGGAGGAAGUGGGAGACAUUCUGGAAAGAGAGGCUCCAGUUGCACAAUGGCAGAGUGGAAAAGUUGGGAGAUAACAGGUUCUUUCCUGAAAAUUCGAUGGGACGCCAUCCAUACGCAUAUGUGCCCUUCUCUGCAGGACCCAGAAACUGUAUAGGUCAAAGGUUUGCCAUGAUGGAAGAAAAGGUCGUUCUUUCAUGGAUCCUGAGGCAUUUUUGGGUAGAAUCCACCCAGAAAAGAGAAGAACUUGGUGUGGCAGGAGAGCUGAUUCUUCGUCCUACUAAUGGCAUCUGGAUCAAGUUGAAGAGGAGAAAAGCAAAUGCAUCCUAACUCCAUUAUUGGGCUGUGCUUUAGUAGGAAUAAGAUCUUUCUUUAAGAGAACAUUUGCAUUUACAAUGUGUGAAUCAUGAGUUUAAUACUCUUAAUCCCUACACCUAAUUUUUUUCUUAUCCCCACUUAGCUUGGAGUCAAGUCUUCCAAAGAGAGGAUUUUUAUAUUGCCAUCACCACCAUUAUCUUAUCCUUGUUCUUGAUCCCAAAAGGCGAGUUAACUAAUGUCCAUACCCAAAUAAACAUAUACAUUUUUCAACAGAGGGAUCCAGAGUUCAAUUCAAUUUCAAUUGACAGACCCAAAGGAUAUGUUAAUUGAAGUUCCAGAAUUUUUUAAGAUGUUCUUGUUGAACACAAAUAUACAUAUAUACAUAUACAUUUAAUUUGGAAAGGUUAAUAAAAUACUUAGGCUGGGGCAUAGGUUCUAAAAAUUAUAUCAGUGGCAUCAGUUAUGAGAAUAAUUAUGAUAAUGAUACUUUUCAGGAUUUAUUAAGGAGAGCAGAUCAUUUAUAAGUUGACUCAUAGGUUCUGUUCCUAUUUCUCUUUUAACUUUGUACUUAUGGCCUUAAUUUCACUUCAUUCUACAUAACAUCACAAUUACCUUCACAUAUCAAAUAUUACCAGGAGAGAUUCCUCUUGGUGAUCUCCAGUCCCUCAUAAUGGCUUUUGGAGCUGGAAGCACCUUCGACCUUAUCAGGUUAUACUCCUUUUCAUUCCAAGGGGAUAAGAUCAAUCAGAAGUAAGUUUCUAUCCAAAGUCAUACCACUAGUGGGGACAGAGCUGGGAAUAGAUAGAGGUCUAAACUCUAAAUCUCUACUACAAUAUGCUAUUGCUUUAUGAAACUCGGGUCUGUAAAUGGGUGUAUCCUUAGAACACAGAUCUAGAAUUCUCCCAUCAUUAAGGAGAAGAGAAGCCGCACAUGUAUAAUAAUCCAGCACUUAGUUUAGGGUUACACUACUGGGAAAUUCAAUCCUCCAGAACAUACCUGUCAAGCUAACAACUGACACAAAUUCCCUGAAUUUGAAUUCCAUUGACAAUUUUUCUACUCCCUCACUCAGUGACUUAAAAAAAACUUAUUUUAAUGAAUAAUUUUAAUGAGA